AUUAUUGUAACUUUCCCGAGACUUCUUUCUGCCAUCUCUAGGAUGCGGGUGCGCGGCGCUUGGGCGCUGCUGCUGCUGUUGCUGGCGGUGAGUUGGGGACGCGCCGCGGAGGCGGAGGCGGAGGCCGAGGACGCGGCGCUCAGCCUGACCGAGGGGGACGAGGACGCCGCCCCGGACGCCGUCUUCGACAGCGCCCCUAAACUCGGCCAGGAGGAAGACGAUGCCGCCCUCUUCGAAGACGACGCGGCAGCAGCUGCGGACGUCGACGCCGACACUCCGCUGGAGAGCAUGGUAAUCUACACGUUAGAGAAAAGCGCCAAGUACAUGUCCACUUCGAGAAACCCUUUCCGGGCGGCGCGGAGUGGAGGCGGACGCGGGGCGCGACGCGGGGCGGACGUGGAGGUGGACGCGGGGGUGAGGCGGCGCGUGGCGUCGUGGCGGGCGGACGUGGCGGUGGCGGACGUGGUGGUGGCGGACGUGGCGGACGAGGAAAUGGAAGAAGACGCGGCGGCUAAAAUGAGUCGCAUCAACCCCUGGGGUAUUUCUUCUGCUGGAGAACCGGAAGAUCCUAGGAAUCAAGAAACUAUGAUGACCUCUUGCUCUUCACUUAGUUAACUGCUGAUAAUGUGAAAUGUUCUUGCACAAUUCAAAAAUUUUAUAUUUCCUAUUUCGAAAUAUGUCAGUUCAUUAGCAUUAAUUAAAAUAGCUGUUUUUCCUUUUCCAUUCUUUUAAAAAAGUAUACAUCUUGAUGGGAAUGUAUAAAUAGCAACAGUUCUUAUUGAUACUAAAUAUGUUCGCAGUAUUUUGACGAUGACACUUUGACACUGCCAUUGAAGAGUUCAAAUAUAAAAAGGAAAAUUCAACAGUUAUCAUGGUGUUCAAACCGUUUAUUGGUAUGGCUAACAUAACAUUACAAAGCAAGACAAUAAAUAUUUUAAGACCAAAAAUGUCAAUUUUCUUUAUUAAUAAAACACAAUGCUUGUAACCAAAAUAAAUACAGAAGUAAUCAUUGUUCAUAUCCUAUUUUACCACUCCAAAUGUGUACUACCGUGGUGCUACAGAAUGGCACACUUUCUCUAUUAGUUUUCGAUUUAUCUAUUCUAGGCUAGUUUUCCGAUCUUGCACUAUCCUCUUUCAAGCUGUUUCCUAUCGGUAACAGCUUGGAACGAAAUUCUGUCACCUUUUUUAUUCAAUUGUUCAGUCCCCUAAUAAUAGAAUUGAAUUUUUUUCUACUCCCAUUAAUGAAUUCUGUUAUUUGAUGGCUGCAACUCGUUGCAUGAUGAUACUCAUUACAAUACUGAUUUCAUUAUAAUAUAGGUCCUUAACCAAUCACAGAGAAGUUUACAAACCAAAUUUUGAAAAUUAAUCUUUGAGAAUCGUUCUAGUAAUUGUGUCGUAUGACUGUGCACAUUAAAAU